GACGGACUAUUAAAUGCACAAGGUCAUCCAGUCAAUAUAACCAGACUCCACCACUCUUAUUUUCGUUGGAACGAUCGUCUGCUUGAUAAUUGCAUUUUUUUAAAGAGGAUGUGUUCUUUAUUAUGUAUAAGGUGGGAUGGAACUAGUGGAGAGAGUCACUAGGUCUUGAUGUGUUGACCUCGAUCCUCGAUCCCCGAUAGACGCGCCUCCUUUCACUUUACGAACUUCGGCCAGACUUCUUUCUGCACGAGCAGCCACGACACUUGCAUACGGCUCAGUCAAUAGACUAUCGGCCACCGGUACGCUGUCACUGCCAAAGAGAACGUCCUCAGUAUGUUUACAGUUAUCUGAAUUUAUUAAGAGAAAUAUCCAAGGGGAUAUUUAAGUUUGAGUUUUUCAAAUUUCUAGUGCUGCUUUGACAGCAGAAGUGAUAGUGAAAAGGACUAAAUGUAACUGAUGCGUCUACUAGUCAUACGAGAGAUUUAUUAUCGUUGGUACUCCCUGUAAUCGUAGAACUGAUAUUCUAGAUAAUCCCGGUCGCUACGAGGUGCUUCAUAAGCUCGAAAUGAUGCCUUACUGGGAAACAUAAGGAAAAAUAUUCUAUACUCCAGUUUCUUUACACGAUGUCUACAAGCGUGAAGGUUACCGUAAUACGACUGGUUGUAUUGCUGUCUCUCUAUACCCGUGCAGCUGGUUUUAUCGUACCAGAAGAAGUGCCUACUGUGUUAUCAGUAAUAUAUUCAAAUAUACCACCGAUCAAGAAAGGAACCGAUUCGAGACUCGGCGUUGGAUUUCGACUUGGUGAACAUGCCGACUUUCAAGUACUGGUCGAGCUGGGUCCACAAACCGAAACCGAUCCCAUUGGGAAUGUAGAUGCUAAGAAGAGAAGACAGGCGACUCUCAAUGCCGCGAUGAGAGGAGAGCUUGGUCCUUGGGCUCAGACAGUUGCGCAAUAUCAGACUCAACGUAGAAUACAGAAGGAGCUGGAGGAGAUGCUGAGACUUCGAGAGAAAUUGAUGAAGUUACGUAACGAAGAGGCCAACCGGAAGGACGAGAAAAAUAAUGAAAGCGACGUGAAGACCGUGAGUAGCGAUUGGCUAGGGAAAUGGAGUGAAGAAAUGGUUCAGUCACCGGAAGUACAAGUACCAUCGGAAAGCCUACCGAUUCAAAGAAUUCUUCCACGCAUUGCUCAGAACAGAAACGCGGUGCAGAGAGUCAACGAGACUCCAAAAGAUGUCAGCAGUUUCGGCAACAAAAUGAAACAGUUGGCGACACUCUACAAUCCUCAACCCAGUGUUCAAAGUGUUUAAUGUAAAUCGCUCGUAAUGAGAUUUGGAGACAUUUAGGUAUCGAGUUAGAAAUUAUUAUUUAAAAUGAAGGUUGAAACAAGUCUGUGCCAAUGAUCGGUGGGUUCUUUUGUUACCGAAUAGGGAACACCAAAAAUAAUACCGGCUUUCAUUUCGAAUUACCGGUUUUUAAUUUUGACUCGGUGAACAAGUAUGUUUAUAUAUUCUUUUUUAUUUAUGCAAGUAAUCUAUGUUACCUUAAAUACGAUACUUGUAACGGUUUUAAAGCUUUUUUUUUUAUUUUGAGUUUAUUACAAUAUUUAUUGGUUAAUAGUCAUAUCGUUUAGUAUCGAGGGACGACUGUUGUACAAAUAAAACCUAACGAGUUAUUAAACUAUAACUUUGAUAUUUGAUA